AUGUCAAAGAAGAGUGCCAGCUUUCGAGCUAAAGGAGAAAAAACGGAUGCCUUAGCUGCCUUGCAAGCUGCUAAUGAAGAGCUCAGGGCAAAACUCACAGAUAUUCAAAUUGAACUCCAGCAAGAAAAGAGUAAGGUCAGUAAAUUGGAGAGGGAGAAAAAUCAAGAAACUAAGCAGAUUAAGGAACACGAGCAACAUAAAAACACAGUCCUUGUAACGGAACUCAAGGCUAAACUUCAUGAAGAAAAAAUGAAAGAGCUCCAGGGUGUUCGUGAAGGACUUCUAAGACAGCAUGAGGCUGAGCUUCUUAGAGUUAUAAAAAUUAAAGAUAAUGAAAUUCAAAGACUACAAACCUUACUUAAUGCUGUACGAGAUGGGACGCCUGACAAGGUUAAGACGGUGCUUCUUUCAGAAGCGAAAGAAGAGGCCAAGAAAGGAUUCGAAGCUGAGAAAAUUAAAAUGCAGCAGGAAAUUUCAGAACUUAAGGGGGCUAAGAAACAAGUAGAGGAAGCUUUAUCCGUAGUCAUUCAAGCCGACAAAAUAAAAGCAGCAGAGAUACGGAGUGUUUAUCACCUACAUCAAGAAGAAAUCACCCGAAUAAAGAGAGAGUGUGAUCGGGAAAUUCGCAGGCUGAUGGAGGAGAUCAAAUUUAAAGACAGAGCAGUCUACGUGCUGGAAAAAGAGUUAGGGAUUCAAGCUGGGCAUACUCAGAGACUGCAACUCCAAAAGGAGGCUUUAGAUGAACAACUUUCCCAGCUCAAAGAGGCUGACCGGCAUCUGAGUAGCCCCAAGCGGGAAGUUCCUCAUGCAAGUGGUGCAGGAGACACUUCAGAUCAUUCAGGAAGUCCUGAACAGCAGUUGGAUGAAAGGGACGCUCGGCGUUUCCAACUUAAAAUAGCUGAAUUAAGCGCAAUCAUCAGGAAACUGGAAGAUCGGAACGCAUUAUUGUCAGAAGAACGAAAUGAACUUUUGAAACGUGUAAGGGAAGCUGAGAGCCAGUACAAACCACUGCUUGACAAAAAUAAACGUCUAAGUAGGAAAAAUGAGGAUUUAUCCCAUGCCUUACGUCGUAUGGAAAAUAAACUCAAAUUUGUAACACAAGAGAAUUUAGAAAUGAGACAAAGAGUGAGGACAAUAAGAAGACCCAGUUCUUUAAAUGAUCUUGAUCAGAGUCAAGAUGAAAGGGAAGUUGAAUUUUUGCGGCUACAGAUUAUAGAGCAGCAGAAUAUCAUAGAUGAACUUUCAAAGACUCUAGAAACUGCUGGCUAUGUGAAGAGUGUAAUAGAGCGUGACAAGCUUUUAAGAUACAAGAAACAAAGGAAGAAAUUUGCCAAAUUUCCCAAGAAGCCAGUGGUGGAAACGUUUUUUGGGUAUGAUGAAGAAGCCUCCCUUGAAUCUGACGGCUCUUCAAUCUCAUAUCAAACCGAUCGAACAGAUCAAACGCCCUGCACACCAGAUGAUGACUUGGAAGAGGGUAUGGCAAAAGAAGAAACAGAAUUAAGAUUCCGGCAAUUGACAAUGGAAUAUCAAGCUUUACAGAGGGCAUAUGCUCUGUUGCAAGAACAAGUUGGAGGAACAUUGGAUGCUGAACGAGAAGUUAAGACUCGUGAGCAGCUUCAGGCAGAAAUCCACAGAUCCCAAGCUCAAAUAGAGGACCUAGAAAAGGCACUUGCUGAACAAGGACAGGACAUGAAGUGGAUUGAAGAAAAGCAGGCUUUAUACAAAAGAAACCAAGAGCUUGUGGAAAAGAUAAAACAGAUGGAGGCAGAAGAGGCUCGGUUAAAGCAUGAUGUUCAGGAUGCUAAAGAUCAAAAUGAACUCUUGGAAUUUAGAAUAUUGGAACUUGAGGAGAGAGAAAGAAGAUCACCAGCCAUCAAUUUUCAUCACAUUCCUUUUACGGAAGGGAAAAGUCCCCUCCAAACCUAUUGUGAGGCAGAAGGUGUAACAGAUAUACUAGUAGCAGAGUUGAUGAAAAAACUGGAUAUUUUAGGGGAUAACGCCGUAAGUAACUUAACAAACGAUGAGCAAGUUGUAGUCAUACAAGCACGGACAGUUUUGACCCUGGCAGAAAAGUGGCUGCAGCAGAUAGAAGUUACAGAAUCAGCACUUCAGCAAAAGAUGAUAGACCUAGAAAAUGAAAAGGACCUAUUUAGUAAACAAAAGGGGUAUCUGGAUGAUGAGCUGGAUUUCAGGAAGCAGUCUUUAGAUCAAGCACACAAGCACAUUUUGGAAUUGGAAGCCAUGCUAUAUGAUGCUCUACAGCAGGAGGCUGGAGCCAAAAUGUCAGAAAUACUUUCAGAAGAAGAGAGAGAAAAGUUGAAAAAUGCUGUGGAACAAUGGAAACGGCAGGUUAUGAGUGAACUCCGAGAAAGGGAUUCUCAGAUUCUCCGAGAAAGGAUGGAGCAUAUUCAACAUGCGCAACAGAGAAUUAAGGAGCUAGAAGAAAGAAUUGAAGCUCAAAAAAGACAAAUAAAGGAAUUGGAAGAAAAGUUUUUAUUUUUGUUUUUAUUUUUCUCUCUAGCUUUCAUUCUUUGGUCAUAG